AUGGCCAGCAUGGCACUGGCACCAGCCUGGAAACAAAUGUCAUGGUUCUACUACCAGUACCUGCUCCUCAUGGCACUGUACGUGCUGGAGCCCUGGGAGUGGACUGUGUUCAAUUCGAUGCUGGCUUCUGUUGUGGGGAUGGCACUGUACACAGGAUAUGUCUUCAUGUGGCAACACAUCAUGGCCAUAUUGCACUACUUUGAAAUCGUACGGUGA